AUGCACAAGCUGAUGCACAAGGGCUUAAAAAAGAAGAAGAAAUCGAAGAAAGGAAAGAAAGGUGAGGAGGAAGAGUUCGACCCCGAGGAGCUCGAGCGUUACAGGCGAGAACGGGCGGAAGCCCUUGAAAAAGCUGCUGCCUCUGGCUCAUCAGCAGCCGGCUCUGACGAGUGGCAAAAAUUCCAAGCGUUAACCGCUGGCGUUGACUCUAUUCUCAAGAAAACCCAGGGUGACCUCGACCGCAUAAAAGAGACCUCUUUUUUCCAACGCAAGGCGCCGGUAGUUGAGGAAAAGAAGCCCGAAGUUGACCCGGAGGUUGAGAAGGAACGCGCCAAACGUUUCAUUGGGUUCGACAAGGACGGGAAUCCCAUCGAACAGACCGAAAAAGAAGAGCCAAAAAAGAAGGAGAUCACCGUCACCGAGGAGGGUUUCGUUGAGAUACCUGACGACGACGAGGAAGAUGAGAUUUCAGCAGAGGAGGAUAUUUUCGAUACGACCUACAUCGAUGUUCUUCAGAACACCGAGAUCCAACUAGCUUACAUCCCCGACAGCCCGACUGAAGAAGAAGCCGGAGACGAUCCAUUUGACACCACCAACGCCGACAAAGUUCUCAAGACUGUCGACAAGCACGGUAAAAAAGUAGUCAGUCUUGGUAACGCCGUCGAAGUACUUUCCGGUCGCGUCGAACAAGCCAGUGCUUGUAAGAUCUCUCGACCUCGCAAAGUCAGAGUACAAAAUUUACUUCUUGACGACGCAGAGCUCGAAACAGUCGCUUCCGAGUCCGGAGAAGCUGCUACUGCAAGCGAACCUGUACAAGUUGAAAAAACUUUACUAGACGACGAUUCAGAUCUUCCAGAUAUACCUAUCGAUUUAACAAACUUACCUUCUAUUUUACCAAGACCAGUCACACCUGACGUUAACCUCUCCGACGAGAACAACAAACUCUCAGAAGGUCCCAUUGACAUCUCGGAGUUCGAGAUCUUGCGAGAGAAGACUAUUCUUGAAGAAAUACCUGAUUUAGAUGAUGAUUUUGAUCUUGACGGACCAGUUGAAGCUCCAGCUGGCUUGGUAGAAGACGACGAUCCUUUCGCGGAGAAAGAACCAGAGGGAGUCCUUGCAGAAGUUGAGAUUAUUGAAGCGAGCUUUGAGGUCGCUACUUUCGUAAACGAGGAAGAUCCUUUUGAUACAACUUUUGCUGAUAAUUUGGUACCUGGAAAAACAGAGCUCAGGUUUAUUGAGAAGGAACUUGACGAGUUACCUGAUUCAGAGGUCACUAUCUCCUUGACAGAUCCUGCAGGUCUGAGACGUGACUACGAAACUGGAUUGCUGAGCCAAAAAGCAGAAAAAACUGAUCUGCUAGGUGGUUCUUCCACGGAUUUAACCCAGCUUUCUGAUCGACCAAUCACCCCGGCUGGAGAAUUGACUUACGCAGAUCCUUUCGAUACUUCAGGAAUCCAAGAGCCAGUUCCUGGACAAGGUGAGUUGAAGUAUCUGGAAAAAGAGCUUCUGGGAGACAAUAAGGCUGAUAGUCUUGAAGACGACGAUUUUGAUCCUCGAAAAGAAGAGGUAGUUGUGAAAAAAGCAGCUCCUCCUCGUCCACCUCCGGUUAAUUCUAAGGUUAACGUUAAAGUUGAGUUUGAAGCUGAAGAAGCGGCUGCUGUUGCUGCUAACCAGCUGCGAAAGCCUUCAAGGCCAGAAGUACUAGGCUUAGCUCCGGUUAAAAGUGUUUCUUUCGAGCUACCUACUCCCUCUCAACGCCCGGACUUGUUGAUCACAAGUGACGAAGAAAAAUCAAUACAUUCUAAGCCUCUGACGCCUUACUAUUCUCAGAAGUCUAUUGACGAGGUAGUCGAGGACAAUUUGCCCGAAGACGAGGUCAAUGCAGAUCCGUUUGACACGAGCUUUGUCGCGAAAGUAACCCCUGGAAAAACAGAACUCAAGUUAAUAGAGUCAGAAUUAUUGAAAGAAACUAAGUUAACUCACAGCACCAGCGAGCACGACUUUAAUCCUCGGGAACCAGUCAAGAAUACCAGAAGACAGAGCGACUUUGGUGGAACUUCUGUAAGACCUAAGAGUCUUAAAUUUGGAGAAGUUACCGAGUCACUGUUGGAAGACGACUCCGAGACUAAAAGUGUGUAUGAAAUAAACGAAGCGGUUCACAGGAAAAAAGCUGACCCGCCUAAACGGCAGGAAAGUUUGUUGGACGCGGAAGUUGACGUUAAUAUAAAAGCUCUUACUCCGACUAUCGAGACCAGGGUUUCUGAAGAAGACGAAGAAGAGAUAUCCUAUGUUGAUCCUUUUGACACCUCGAUAGCAAGUAACAUUUUGCCAGGGAGAGCCGAAUUGAAAUUACUCGAAAGUGAGCUCAGCAAAAUUCCAAAUCAGGUUCAGCCUAUUAGAAUAAAUCCGAUCAGUGCGGAUAAACUUUCGCGGCCACCAAAGCCACCUGUCAUUGAAGAGGACCAAGAUUUUGAUCCAAGGGCUGAAGAAGCGGCCCAAGAUUUCUUGUCCUCUGACGUUCAAGACUCCGGGGAUAAAGUUCUUACUCCUGUGCUGAGCCAAGAUUUUGACGACGACACCGUUGAUCCAUUUGACACCAGUUUCGCUAGUAUUGGACCUGGAAAAACAGAACUUAAACUUUUAGAAUCUGAAUUAGUUGAUAAGUAA